AUGUUUAAAUACUUAUCAUUAUCAUAUUAUAAUUGUAAAAAAAAAAAAAAUAAAAUAACAUUGUUACGUUCGCCGCAUAUUGAUAAAAAAUCAAGAGAACAAUUUGAGUUAAAGCAUUUUAAUAUCAUAGUUAAUGAAUUAUCUAUUUUCUCUUUAUAUAAUAAUGCAUUAUUAUCAAAUUGUUUUUUAUUUUUUAUUCGAAAUUUCAAAAUAGUAGAAAAUUUAGAUUUAGUAAGUAGAUGA